UUGCAUGUGGCGAAAUUGCGUCAUGGCAGCGGCGUGGCCAACGGAGCUCGAGUUUACGCCGCUGAACUUGCCACGGCACGAGUUUGUGGUGAUCAAUGAUGUAGUUGAAGCGCCUGGAGCAUACUUCAUGCACCACAUCACAUCCAUGUUCUUGAAAGCUGAGCAACGAGUGUGUGUUGUGGCGCUGGCGAACACGUUGGAGCAUUAUGCUUCGAUCGGCCGCAAGCUGGGUGUCAAUGUGUUCAAAGCACAGCAGGCCAAGCCUUGUGCGUGGCUUCACAUUGAUGGAUUUUCCCACCCGUACGACUGGUGCAAUCCACAACAAACCGCUUCGACCAGCUUGACAGCCGUGCUCUCUUCGUUCUCAGACGAUCCGGAGUCCCUCGAGGCGCUGUUCUGCCAGUUGAGAGACUUCGCCACCGCUGUCACGACGGGCAACGUUUGCAUUGUCGUGGAUGACGCGUCUGCGCUCGUGGAUCAAUUUGGCGUUCCAAACACACUGACUUUUCUUCGGUACUGCCGCCACCUGGCCUUGAUGACUGAGACGGCGUUCGUAGUGCUGAAUCAUGGAGAUGUCGAAGGCGACGACACUUUCUUUGUACAAUUGCUCGACAUAUGUGUGUAUGGUAAUCGACUGUGCUGUCUAGACAGCGGCCUUGAGUGACUUGGCAACGUUUGAAUACUCUGUUCGUGGGCUGGACAGUGGUUACUGCAAGGACAUUCAUGGCUCGGUGACGAUGCGGCGACCAGUGUCGUUGGCCGAUACGCGUCUUGGGGCGUGGACUGUGCAAUACAAGCUCGUGGAAAACGGGAUCCGCAUCAUUCCGUGAGAAUAUGUGUCGUCUGAAGGAAGGGCACAUGGCGGCUAAAGAUAUCCAAUCGUCUAUGCACUCGAUCUCGGGAUGUGGUCUCUUUCGCCUCGUUGUGCAAUGCAAACAACUUAUUUCAAUUGUCUCCACCAUCCUUCCA